CGGGUCGCUCGCGAUCUCAGAUAUCUUCGUUUCUAUUUACAUUACUGGACCGAAUCCACGGUUCGAGCUAACCAACCUUCCUAGCCCCAUGCUAAGUGUAAUGCCCUUGCGGCAUUGAAGCUCAGCAAGGCGGUGAUGCUGACUUGUUGGUGACAAGCAAACAACUCCGUGGGGACCUGUCAAUUUCUGAUUAACUUUGCAAAUGAAGUUUCGGGGGAAAAUUUCUGGGCCAGUAUGCAUCAAGCAGUUCACCUCUGUUAUCAGUACUUUGGCAAAGCUUGCAAAGGUAUGCACCUUUCGGAUUACUCCUUCUCAUCUCUAUUUUGUAGUGAUGGAAGCAUCCAGCCUGAGCUCCACACCAGGUUUGUGGUGUGAAUUGCAACAAGGUCACUUCUUCAAUGAGUAUAAUAUGGAAGGAGUAUCUGCAGAGUUUAAUGAAAUCUAUCUAGAAUUAAAGCCAGACAACCUGGCAAAAACACUCAGCAUUUUAAAAUCCAGCACUGCUGUCAGAUCUCUCAAGAUCAAGCUCACCAGGAAACACUCUGCAUGUCUAACUUUUGAAAUAGAGUCUCCGUCGCAGACGUCUCUGAGUCGCCUCUGCACGCACGACAUCCCGGUGGCAGUGCUGCCGCGCCGGCUCUGGGCCUCCUACGCCGAGCCGCGCAUGCCGCAGUUCCAGGUCAGCUGCGACCUGCCGCCGCUGCGCCUGCUGCGACCCGUGGUCGAGCGCAUGCGCGCGCUCGGCCCACGCCUGACCGUGUCGGCCAGCCAUGCCGGCCGCCUCCUGCUGCGCGUCGAGUCGGACCAGGCGUCUGUGGCCACCCACUUCUGUGGCCUGCGCACCCACCCCGCAGGGCAUGGCCAAGAUCAGGAGGCGGACCAACAGCAGAUGUUCGAGGUGCACGUGGACAUCAAGCCGUUCGCCAUGUUCUUGGCGGGCGAUCAGUUCCACCCUGCCAAAGCUGUCUGCAACCUGAUCGAGGAUCGAAUGCUGCACCUGUUCCUGAUCCACGAGGAUAUCACGCUGCAGUACUUCAUCCCGGCGUGCAGUUCGUGAGGCGGCCGCCCGGGUCACCUUGGUCGGGCUGCGCCGGCCGGCAGAGGUUCGCGGCGCUGUGAGCGCACCGCUGCCCUGCCCGCCAGGCCCCAUCGCCUUGCUCACGGCUGUCAUCUGGAGCGCUUAUGUCUACUUUCAAGCCCAUGCUGCACGGCAUGCUGUCCACGGCUCAUCGGGAAUGGUUGGAAAGCAAGACGUAAAGAACACAUACCGUACCCGUUUAAGCCGAGCGUGGUAGGAUCUCGAACUUGUAACUGCUGUGUUCGUUGUCUUAUUAUAUUCUGGUUUGCUUGUAUAGCCGGUUCAGUUCUAAAUACUAAUAGCCCCGCUUCGGCUUUCAGCCGAGGACCCCGUUAUCGGCCCCUUUCGCGAGGAUACUGCUGCUUUCUUGCGGCAAACCAUAAUCUUCGUGUAUUCGCCAACAUUCGAUGCAGACUCACGCCCCAUUAGGACCGCACUUUCGCUGCCCGGUCCGCGGAGACCGUAUUUGGUUUAUGUCUGGUAAAUGACGCAUCCAAAGCGGUGGAGGUGCGAUGUGCCAGAUGUGAUACCGUCAGAGAACCCCAAACCGGAUUUGAUAGUCUCGGAGAGCCUCAAAUCUGUGUUGCUAUUUGUAUUUACCGUUGUUGGCACAUGCCUGAGGUAAACGCAGUGACAGACUUUCCGCACUUUUCUUAAGUUUACGCCAAACCUUUUGCGGAGUGUGGUCGUUUUGGCGAUAUUGGAGCGGAUAAAGUACGUAUACUGUGAGAAUAUUUUCGUCAAAUUGUCUUAUUUUCAUCGGUGUAAUUUUAUCAAACGAAGUUCUUGUAUCUGUAUUUGGACACGUGAAUGGGUAUUUUUCGAGCCAUGUUUCGUUGUUGGUCGUCGUGCGUAACACAUUGUGCAGAACAAAUGUAUUUAUUGAUGUGGAAACAAAGACAAUACACGUCGAAUACACCAAUGGGCGAUCCGUUCAUAUUCUACCGUGCAGGAACCAGAAACUGAUUUGGAACUGACAGGCGAUUCACAGAAAACUUCAGCGUGCUCAAACGCAGGUUGUGGAUGUUGCACACAACUACGCAGCACACGCCAACGUACGCACGGGAGCGCCUUUCGGCCAUCAUUCACGUGCACGAGGCGAGUUCGUUCCGCGAACAAACUGAACAGGGGGCAAGCGAGCAGAGACCCAUUGCCCGCACGCUUGUAGAGUAUUCGCGCCUGAAACCCAAUAGUUAAGAGUUGUGCUGACGUAAGGCCAUCGCACAGUUACACAUUAGCGCCGUGAGCACUGCUGCGUGGCUGUCGCGAAGGCUUGGAAAGAAUAGAAACUGCCCCAAAAGGAACUGCAAAAUGAUUUUAAAGAACGACGAGCAGAUAUAAGUGCUCCGCCGUUAGCUUUGAGGCACUGAGAUAUGAGCGGCGUGCAGUGCCAUAUGCCUUCAGACUCAACGCGGCUUAACAGCUGACCUGCGCGACACGACGGUGUGAUUAACGGGGAUCUGUCAGCCUAAGGUAGAGUCUAAUUGCAUCUGGGGUGAGUUACAACGCCUUCCCGACGAGCAACGUCUCCAGGCACUUUGGUAUCUUCACACAGUAACAGUAAGAAAAAAGCUCUGUCUCCAACCAACAUCUUCUACAAAACGAAAUCCCGGUGAGUGAGUUAUGAACUCGAUGGCCACCCUUCGCUUGCCGUCACAAGACUGGCUAGAGCGAGCCGUGUCCUCCGGGAUGGCCAAAGCCGGUCCCAAUCACCAAACGAGCCUGUAUCUGUGCCGUGCACGUGCAGAAUGUGCCGCCCCGGCCACCAGCGUCUCGAGGACGAGCAGGCCACAGUAUCACAGCGACGUUCCCCAGGCGUACCAGGCCGCCGGACGCGCGGUGCCGCGGCACCAACCGCGGCCGGCCGGCACCCGCCGCCGACUCCGACCGGCGACCGGUCCAGCUGACGACCAGACAGCCGCCAGAGGUCCGAGACCGGGCCCCCGACGUGGCCAUGCAUGUCAUAAGGCGGCGAGAACGUAGCUCAGAGCGGGGGCAGCCCGUCAGCUUCAUAGCCCAGCUGCUGGCCGAACAACAGCGUAGCCUAGUCGCAUGACAGGCCACUAGCGUAGCAGCCAAGGUAGCAACCAGGUGUCUGUAUCACUGGAUGCGCGGGCCGGACUUCCAGCUUCGGCUACAUCGAGUGACGCAUUGACCGGGCCGACGCUGCGUGGUGGGACCUCAGGUCCUAGCGCCGGCCAACGUCCGAGGCUGCAGGCUUUGGACGUCGGCCGGCUGGUUGGUUUCGGCCGGUUGGUUUCCUAUUCUAGGCCGUUGGACGUCGGACCCUGCUGCUGGAGGCGCCAGGUUCGCGAGUCUUAAUCCCGUCUGCUUUCCCCACAAAGAACCACAUCCAGGCCUCACCGUAGAAAAAUAUGGAAACCAAACUCCUCCAAUACCGUCUACAGAGAAAAAAAA